ACGUAGCUCUUCUGCCUGUUUUCAACACUGUGCUAGUCCAAAUCCCUUCAUCCGCUGCCCUUCCACGAGCCAUCUAACCAUAUCCAUUUCUAAUCCACUCGCCGUGGAACCGAACUCUCUGUCAUGACCUCCACGUUAUCAUAAAAAACCACGUAACCAUGAGGGCCAGGGGAGCUUCGGGGCCUGCGGCUUCGCUGUGGUCGGUUUUCCUCAUUCUAUCGACCCUUUUAUGGACAGCAUCGAUUGUCCACGCGAAAAACGGCCCGACCAUCGUCGCCAGAGAAUUCGAAAACCCACCUAUUCCGAGAAGCCUGAACUAUUUCAAGCGCUCCAACGUUGUCCUAUUUCAAGAAGCUUUGGUUGGCACUGUUUGGCGAUCGACCGAUGGAGGCGCAAAUUGGUCCAAGGCGGAUGGCAUCGAGCACGACAAAGCCGCCGCCAUAGUUAUGCACGAGUACGAUCCGGAUCGCGCCUAUAUUCUUACCCAUGGCAACGUCCACUGGAAGACAGAUGAUAAAGGAGAAACAUGGAAAACCUUCUUUACCGACGCGUACACGAGCAAUUUCAUCGGUACAAUUGGUCACUGGAUGAGCUUCCACGCUGGCGACAAGGACAAGAUUAUGUUUACCGGCAUGGACUGUCCUUUGGCAGACCUCUGCGAAGAGGUUGUCAUGUAUACCACCGAUAAUUUCGAGUCCGAUGCCAAAUUCUUACGCGGACGUACUCAGGGCUGUUGGUGGGCUAAGUCAUCGCCACUCUUUUCUUCGGGCCAGGAAGACCUCGACGCGCAGAGAAUAUUGUGUAUCGUUAGGGGAGGUAUUUUUUCUCCGCAGGAGGACAACCGUCUUUUGAUUUCCGACAAUUUUUUCAGCGCCGAGGCUGCGGACGGUGUUAUUCAGGAAUUCGAGCCGAAUUUGAUCGGAGAUAGCUCUGUCCGAGGUAUCGUGAGCAUAGUUGAAGUCAAGAAGUUUCUCCUAGUAGCUGUUAGCUCACUCAAUACGGCUGAGAUGGCCCUAUUCGUAAGCGGCGAUACGCUAAAGUGGCACCGUGCUGUCUUCCCCCACGACCACCCUCUCCUCGAAGCCUCGUACACAGUAUUAGAGAGUACCAAUUAUAGCAUUCAGAUCGACGUCAGGUCGAGCAGGCGGUUGUCCAAUUCCAUGGGCACACUGCUGACUAGCAAUUCAAACGGUACCUACUUUACCAGGAAUGCCGAGCAUACAAAUCGCAAUAUGGGUUCUUUUGUCGACUUCGAAAAAGUCUCUAACAUCCAGGGUAUUUUUUUACUAAACCAGGUCGAUAACUGGAAAGAAGUACAGGACGGGGAAGAAGACAAGAAGAUCAAGACUAAGAUCACUUUCGACGAUGGUAGAACUUUUGAGUCCGUCAAGACAGGAGACGAGGAAGUUCAUUUACACUCUGUCACUGAGAUCAACAACGUCGGCCCCGUCUUUUCGAGCCCAGCGCCAGGCCUCAUCAUGGGCAAUGGUAACCAUGGUGGCCAUCUUAAAGGCUACUGGGACUCGCGCCUCUAUAUUUCAGAUGACGCCGGAAGAACGUGGAUUGAAGGUCCUAAAGGACCACAUAAAUACGAGUUUGGAGACGAAGGGUCUAUUCUCCUCGCUAUCAGGGAUAGCAAAGAGGAUGACGUAAAAGAGAUUAGAUAUUCUUUGGACCAUGGGAAGAACUGGGAGACAACAGAAUUGCCGGAUGGUUUAAGUAUCCAUCCCUAUACGCUACAAACGACCCCAGACUCGACUAGCCUAAAAUUUCUUCUGACUGCUCGAAAGGGGCCAAGGACGUCACCAACUGGAUCCUAUAUGAUCUCGAUCAAUUUCGAGGGCCUACACGAGGAUACCUGCAAGGAAAGCCAGAUGGAAGACUGGUAUGCUAAGCUAGAUGACGAGGGUAAUCCAGGUUGUGUGAUGGGCCACAAGCAAAAAUUCCACAGGCGGCAGAAGGACGCCGAGUGCUUCGUUAAGCAUGAGUUUGAGAUCAUUACCCCUGAUUUUACUCCGUGUGAGUGUACCGAUGUUGAUUUUGAGUGUGAUUUUAAUUUUGUGCGCGACGGGGACGAAUGCAAGUUGGCUGCAUCUCUUGUGCCCCCCGAGGGCGCUUGCACGGCAGACGACCCAGAUGAGAAAUUCAUGGGUUCUUCCGGUUGGCGUCUCAUCCCUGGAAACGAGUGCGAGCGUAGUGGGGGUGAACAGAAAGAUAAACAGAAGGAGUGGAAGUGCUCCGAUGCCAAGAGCCCGUCAAACAAGCCUGGGAGUAAUGAGAUCGAGCAUAUCCAAUGGCCAUUCGAUGGUGAUUAUAAUUUAUUCGAUAAACACUACUUCGAGCGUGGUGAACUGGAUGAGUUUGACGAGACAAUCAUCGCUAGACCAUACAAGGCCACCACUGGACUGGCGGGCGAUAUUUACGUCACACAUGAUCACGGCAAGAACUGGACGAAGGCCAAGCUCCCCGGAAAAGAAGGAAUUCAUAAUAUCUUGACUCAUCCUUAUGUCAAGGAUAGAGCCUUCUUCUUGACAAAGAAAAACAAAGUCUUCUAUACAGUCGACCGCGGUCGACAUUUCGACUACUUUGAAACGCGAGACCCGCCAGAUCCCUCCACGAAUGAACCACUGAAAUUUCACCCCAAUCGGCCAGAUUGGCUUAUAUGGCAUGGGCAGAAAUGUCAUGAUAGCGGCUGCCACAUCGAAGCCUCCCUUUCCAAGGAUCGCGGCGAUAACUGGGAAACGAUCAAGCGAUUUGUCAAGAGAUGCGACUUCACGGGCUCAACGGCGUACCAGUUCCGUAAUCUAACACAGAUCGUUUGCCUCGGAAAGAAGCGUGAAGACAACGAAGUAGAUAAUCCCUUUGAGCUUUCCUAUAGUGAUGAUUUUCCGAGGUACCAAAUGAGCGCAGCUGUUCAGAACGUCACCGAAUUUGCGAAAAUGGCCGAGUUCAUUGUUGUCGCAACAGAAAAUAAAACAGACGAAGGGACCUAUCUCAACGCCCUCGCUAGUCUAAACGGACGGGACUAUGCGCCAGCCCAUUUCCCAUACAACGUGGAGAUCCCCCAUACGGAUGACUACACCGUACUAGAUAGCUCAACACAUGCUAUCAAUCUGUUCGUGGUGACUGAAUCCGAGGAAAACCACCGCUACGGAUCAAUCCUUAAGAGCAAUUCAAAUGGAACAUCUUACGUCCUAAGCAUUGCCGGUGUCAACUGUGACAAUGAAUACUUUGUUGACUUCGAGAAGAUGCUUGGCUUGCAAGGUGUUGUGCUGGUUAACACCGUUGAGAAUAGGGGCAGCGAAUCGGAGCGGAAGAGACUCCAGACGAAAAUCAGCCACAACGAUGGAUCGCAGUGGGCAUUCUUGCCCCCUCCAGAACGGGAUCUCGACGGCAAUGAAUUCAGCUGUUAUAGCAAGACGGGCGACGAGUCAUGUGCCCUGCAUCUUCAUGGCUAUACUGAACGAGUAGAUCAUAGGAAGACGUAUUCGUCCGAGUCGGCAAUCGGCAUCAUGUUUGGUCUCGGCAACGUCGGCCCCAUUCUCGGCGAUCCCAAAGAUGCUGACACGUUCAUGACGGCCGACGCUGGAUUGACCUGGAAGAUGGUGAAGAAGGGAGGUUGGACAUGGUCUAUCGGCGACCAAGGAUCCAUCCUUGUCCUCGCACAGAGGAACACGCGGUCCAAGGCCAUAUCCUACUCGCUUGAUCGCGGUGAUACCUGGGAAGACUACACUUUCUCAGAAGGUGAAAUGGUCAUUACCGAUAUCACAACUCUACGAUCUGGUUCGUCCAGUAAUUUCAUCCUAUGGGGCAAGCAAGGGGACAAGCUUUUCACUGUCAACCUCGACUUCUCGGGUCUAGCGUCCGAGCCAUGUAAGGAUGACGAGGACCGGGAAAAAUCCGACUACGAAUUAUGGUCACCCGAACAUCCUUUGCAGGAAAACCACUGUCUAUUUGGCCAUAAGAACUAUUAUCUACGCAAAAAGAAGGACAGAAAAUGCUAUAAUACUCGCAAGCUUGAACCUUUGUACGGCACCGAAAACUGCGAGUGUACCCGACAGGACUUCGAAUGUGAUUAUAACUACGAACUGGAUAAUCACGGAUAUUGCACAUUAGUCGAGGGUCUUGAACCCCUUGACCCUGAGCGUGUAUGUAAGGAGAACCCCGACGAAUUUGAAUACUACGAACCCAGCGGCUUCCGCCGAAUUCCCUUGACGACUUGUAAAGGAGGUUUCGAGCCCGACAAGGCACUCACGCCCCAUGCCUGCCCUGGCCAUGAGGAAGAGUUCGAAAAAGCACGUGGUAUUUCAGGCAUUGGUCUCUUCAUUGCUAUUGUUGUUCCCAUGGGUUUUGCUGCAGCGGCUGGCUGGUGGGUUUACCGCAACUGGCAAAGCAAGUUUGGACAGAUUCGACUCGGCGAACAAGGCGGUCUUGAUAGCGAAUCGCCGUUGGUUAAGUACCCCGUGGUUGCUGUUUCGGCAGUGGUUGCGGUUGUUGGUGCCUUGCCUCUUGUCGUAGGCGGCUUAUGGCGUGCCGCCAGCUCUGUGAUAGAUAAAAUCAGGGGUAGGGGAGACAGCGGCGGUCGGUAUAGCUGGCUACGCGGGGGCAGCCAGCGAAGAUUCACGACAAGGGAUAGUUUCGCCCGCGGACGAGGUGACUACGCCAUCGUGGAUGAAGAUGAAGGGGAGCUUCUCGGUGAUGAUAGUGACGACGAAGUUUGAGCAAUGAGAUACUACUUCCGUUGUUGCCUCGGGUUGGUGGUGGGGAAAAGCAAAUGUAUUAGCAACUCAGGAGGCGUACCGGCAGGGUUUAGGAAAUUCAUGGCAAUUUAGGGGGUGGAGUGGU